AUGGGGACACCGGGAAAGGGAUCGGGAUCGGGAUCGGGAGGCGAGCCGGGGAGGCCAUGGACGGCGACUAGCACCUGGGCCCCAGCCGGAGGCGCCGCGGUCGAGGACGCCGUGUCGUUCGAGACGACCGCAGACGACGCCGAGACUUCCCCUUUGCCCAUCGUCCUCGCCCGCCCGCCGUCCGACGGCAGAGAGGAUCCAACUCCCUGCGAAAUUACGAUUGGUUUCACAGGAAAGUAUGAGAUUCAUAGAGUGUAUGUGCGAAGCACAGCUCGAACUUAUGAAAUAUACUGUUCAACUGACCUGAAGGAUGCAAGUAAAGAUUAUCUAUGCACUGUACGCUGUGGAAUUGCUGCUCAAGAACCGCAGCCUCCUGGUGAAGAAUGUGUAUCUCAGGCGAGUAGCAAUGCUGCAACCAGUGAAAAGCAUGAACAAGAGGCCAAAAGUGUUACAAGUAGUAGCGAUGAAGAUAGCUGGGUUGAAGUCAAAAUUCCUGAGUCUCCUCUUGGAAAUUACACGCCAGAAUCUCAAGCAGAAAGGAAUGCGAUAGGAAUCUGCCAGAAAAAUACUCUGGCUCACUACGAAGCAACUGCCGAGAUAACUGAUGCAAACCCAUGUGUAUCUCUUACUGUCCGUCUUCUUUCACUUCAGUCAAAGACAUCAGUGCAUAUUGAAGAGAUCUACAUAUUUGCUGAUCUUGUUGAAUCCAGCAGUGAUGAUUCAGUAGCAGGUCCUGGAAACAUGGGAGGUAGUUCUUUGUUGGCUAUGCUUGUUCCUGGCCUUAUGCAAAUUUCCAAAUCUAGGGACUGCAAAAUAGAUGACAAAUAUUUUGCUGAAGGCUUGAAAGCCCAACUUUCUGAAGGCUGCGUGUUGAAAGAUAGCAUCCCAUGUGGAAACAUAGCGAAAGAAGCAGGGCUGUAUGGUACAAAUGAUUGCAAAUUUAAUCCAGCUGGAGUGCAGAGCAGACUACCACCUGCGCAGAGUGGUACGAUAUGUGAUGAUGAUGGCAACCAACAUGAGUUCCCAUUAAAUGAUCCCAAGCCUCUUCCAUUGCCUGUAAAAACAACAGAAAAUGCACAAGUGACAUUGGCGAAGGAUAAGACAGUAUCAAAUCUGUACCCGGAGGCUGGUCCUAUUAUGAAUGAAAAUGUUACUCCACACAAUCACAUUGAGAGAAUGCUGGAUACUCUGAUCUCUAAGGUGGAGAAGGUGGAGUUAUGUUGCUCUAGGUUUGAGGACAAAAUGAUGAGGCCCCUCAGUAGCAUUGAGGCAAGGCUUCAGCGACUGGAGCAGCAGUUUGAUUCAUUCUCUGUGGAGAUUCAGUCUCUACGAAGUUCUUCUGCAAGAAUGUCAGCACCAAAUGCUUUUUCUGAUACAAUUAACUCGCAGCAAAAGGAACAUAAUGGUGGGAAUUCUGGAACUUCUGCCUCUGUGAUGAACAACAGGCAGCCAGGCUUGGUUAUGAGGGCACCGGAAUUUUCUUCAGAAGAUUACUCUAAUUGUGAUGUGGCUGAUGAGAAUACAGUUAAUUUACAUGGACCUAAUGUUGUGCCAAGGGUCCUUAAGGCUCCUGAUUUCAUCUGUGAACCUGGGUUUACAUGUGAGAAGCUUAAUGGUGGGCCUUUACCUUUUGAGAGAGAACGCAAGACUUCCCCAGGUCUAGUUAUCAAGGUUCCUGAAUUCCUAAAUGAUGAAGAGGAUGAAGCGGAGGAAGAUAAACAAGCAGAAGCUGACAUUGUUGAUGAUGGUCGUACAAAUUCUGAUGAUACUCUGAGCAAAAGCACUGACAACAGCUUCAAAGGCAAAACUCCUGUAUCUGUCGAUGGCGCAUUAGCGUCUGCCUUGGAGGCUUUUCUCACUUCCACCAAAGGAACAUCACCUUCAAAGUCUGUUGCUUGCACUGCCAGUAAUGUAAGUUGUGGAAAUACUGAUGAUUCCUCUAGUUCCUUCCCUUCUCAUGGACAUCUUCAUGACACAUCCACUAAAGAUGACUUUCAUGGCAUCUUUGGUGACACAAAGAAGAUUAGUACCUCGAUAUCUUUUCAGGAGGUUGAUGUGGCUCCACUCAUUUCUGUAUCUAAGGCAAACUUGGUUAGCAGUGUUGAGGUAAAUGGACAGAAUAUUGAUAUGAAUCCGGACAAGAAGACAUUUGCUAGCACUGAACUGUUGGUUGUUCCUUCACAGUCUCUUACAGGAUCUAUAGAUGAUUACACUCAGGUAAAUGGACAGAACAAUGGUCCUAGUUCGGACAUGAUUCCGCUUGUCACAAGCACUGAACCUGUGGAUGAUCCUUCUCAGCUUGCUACACACUCCGGGUCUGUUGAUGGCAGAACUCAGGCAAAACCUCCUACCAUAUUUCAAUGUGUUGGUGAGACGGCUCAAGUGGAUGAAAGCAGACCUUCCUUACCAUUGGCAGAGUUUCUGGUGGCACGGAAUGCUUUUAGGAAUGGUACUUCUGAGGUGUGCUGUGGUAAUGAUGACGCUGCAAUUCCGUCCUUCCAGAGAACAUUGACAGGAGCACAUCAGAACUUGGAAGGUGGUGACAGCAAAGCGAGCCAGCAGAACCCAAUCUUCCAACUUUCGCUAUUGAAGAAAGCUUUCGAGGUUGAUGAGGGAGAUGGAAAUUUUUGUGAUGACAUAUCCAUCGAGACAACCUUUGAACCAUCAAGCCAUGCAGCUCCUGCAAAUGGUGCUAACAGGCACAGUACGAAUGCAAUGGAAACCCUGUCAGAUGAGGAUGGAGUUCUGGAGAAUACAAAGGGCAGCAUUAUGCUUUCUGGUGGGCACAGUACCAAUGAAAUGGAAACCCUGUCAGAUGAGGAUGGAGUUCUGGAGAAUACAAAGGACAACACUAGGCUUUCUGGUGGGAUGGACUCUGUAUUCUGUGGCAGCUUGUACUCAGGCCCCAGCGAAAGCUUCAGAAAACCAGAGGUAGAACACUCCUUGUCAGAUUUGAGUAGUACGGAACCAUCUGAUGGAGAUUCUUCCAGAGAAGCCACCAGUUCAGGGAAUGCCGCGACUGGAAAUCAUGUGGAAGAUCUUUUUGCGGGUAAUGGAGCUGGUCCUGAUGUAAGCCCAACUGUGGGCUCACAGGAGAACGACAUAUUGGGCAUGGCUUUCGUACCGAAGAGAACGAGUACAAGCAGCCCUUCUCUCGAAGUCUUGCUUGCUGAAUCAUCUGAUUCUGAAUCACAAAUUUCUGCUGUGGAGGAGUCUGACAGUGAUGCUGCUGGCCUUGGUUCGGAUCAUUUGUUCACUACAUUCCCGUCUUCAGAUGAUGAUGCCUUUGCCAUGGAUGGGCCUUUAUUUGACGUGGUUGAUGAGCCGGCACCGUCAGAGGUCAAUGCUUGUGCCUCCAGCAAACCCUUACUUGAUGUGGUUGAUCUGACAAACCCUUCAGAGACAUAUACUCCUUCAGUGAACGGGCCUUUCCCUGAUGUGGUUGAUCUGCCAGAGCCUUCAAGCUUGUAUGCUUCUGCGGCGGACGAGCUUUUUGCCAGUGUAGACAAUCUGCCAAAAACUUCAGAGACAUUUGUUGGAGGGAGCAGUGGAGAACAUCCUGAUAGCCUUAUCUAG